AUGGGGUUUUCUUCUCGCUUUCUCCGCAUUCCGCGGCCGCAGACCUUCCUUUACGUUAUGAGCCUGCAAACAGGCGCUUCGCUGAUCACAUUAUCACUCCUUCUUAAUAAAAUCAGCGGCCUCUACGGCUUGCUCGCCCUGCUGACCGGAUACCACCUCUCGCCCGUUCAGCUGUCGAUGUACCUCUACUCCCUCAUCGCGCUUGCCAGCACAGUACUACUCUUCCCCCAUAUCCGAAAGCAAUCUCCGUUGCAAUGUCUUGCGCUCGCCUGGCUCUAUGUUUUCGACAGCGCCAUCAACGCUGCUUACACUGCUGCAUUCGGUGUGACCUGGUUUUUGGUUAUCGCUCAGCACACGGACGACGACAAUAGGAAGGCAUCUGGCCCCGGUAGCGACACGAUCGGUCAGACUGCUGGAUUCACCGGCUCCGAGUACGAUACAGUCAGGACAGCCGCCUCUGCGUCAUAUAGUGCGAAGCGCACAGACCAAUUUGGCAACGCCGUAACUCAGCCUGAAAGCUUUCAGAGCAUUUUCUUUAUUUGUGUGCUGUGGACCAUCCGACUGUAUUUUGUCUUUGUUAUGUUAGCGUUUGCCCGCCAGGCUCUUCGAUUGUACGUUGCUAUGCCUCGUCACACGCAACUACCCACCCACAGCCGAAACACUUCUAUCGCCAGCAUGGCGAGUGUCGCCGACAUUGACCGCGAGCCAUUCUCACCAUACAGCCCUGAAGGCCAAGGAUGGCAAGGGAAGCUGGGUCGCGCCAUGAUUAGCGUCGGUAGAAACUACUGGCUUGGAGAAGAGGAAGAUGGAAACGGGGAUUGGGUGAAUAUGAGCCAUCGAUUCCGCCCCAGCGGGCAUGGUAGCGAACUUCCAGGCGCCCUUGAACGGGAGCGAAGGCGGCGAUCAGGAACUGGACCGCCUAAGCCUUCUCAAGCCGCCGUUCAAGCGGCCUCUUUGCAGCAACCGGCGCGGGAUCCGCUCCCAAGCCCAGGGCUGACUGUCAAGGUGCAGGAUUGGGAUGAGGCUAGGUAG